CAGUAUGAAAUUAUCGAAUUUUAUCUUGAUUCGUAUCUUUUAUUUCUAAAAAUUAUCGAUAAAUACAGAAAGUAUGCUUGUAAACAUAGAUCAAAAUUUUGUAAAUAAGAAAAAAUAUUGAUGAGAUAAAUGUUGAAGUCAAUGUUUAAUGCAAUUUCGUGCCGGCAAUCGAGAAAUUAGUAUAAUUAUUAGUUUCAAUAAUUGUAUUUUCAUUAUGUUCAUUAGAUAAUACGAUAAACGAAUUUAAAAAUUGGAUAUUUUUAGUUUAUUAAAGAUGUUGUUUUAUUCGUUUUUCAAAUCCUUGAUCGGGAAGGACGUAGUUGUAGAAUUAAAAAAUGAUUUGAGCAUUUGUGGUACUUUGCACUCAGUAGAUCAAUACCUGAAUAUAAAGUUAACUGAUAUAAGUGUGACCGAUCCAGAUAAAUAUCCUCAUAUGUUGUCUGUAAAAAACUGUUUUAUUCGAGGAUCAGUAGUACGUUAUGUACAACUACCAGGAGAUGAAGUGGAUACUCAGCUAUUACAGGAUGCUGCACGCAAAGAAGCAGCAGUUCAAGCAAGAUAAUUUGUGCUAUUAUUAGAUUUAAAAAUACCACUGAUUUAUUUUUUACUAUUAAAGCCAAGAAUUGUGUACAAUGAACAUACAAUCUUUGAAUCUACAAGUGCAUAAAUUGAGUUUAUAUGUAACAUUAAAAAAAGAUAGUUUCUGUUUGUAACAA